AUGUACACCAAGCCGUCUAAACAGGCCCUGCAGAAGUCCAGGGCACGGGUCUUCGUGGGACAGUUGGAGCCCUACGUCACGGAAGACGACCUCUUCCCCGUCUUCAGCUGCUACGGCCACGUCCUUCACGUCAACGUCGUGCGCCACUCGACGACCGUCACGCCGCACGAGGAGCGGCGGAUCCCGACGGCUUUUGUGUGGUACGCCACAACCGCGGAGGCCGACGCGGCGAUCGCCGCCCUGCACAACAACUUUUCCUUCUCCCCUAUGGACGAGGAUGAGAGUAAGCGGCGGCAAAUUCAGGUCAGCUACGCGGAUAAAUCGCCGGAGUGUACGAACUUUGGGCGGUGGCAGAAACAGCACGCGGAGGCCUCAAGGCGAACGGCCACACACAGGGAAGAGGCGGCGGCGACGACUAUGUCUAAUCCCUCCCCCAUUUCCACGCAGAAAACAAUAGAAUUUCCAACAGAAGAAGGGGCAAUCUUUCGAAGAAACUCCGCUGAUCACGAGGGGAUUCGCAGGGAAAUGCUUUUUUCACGUUGA